AUGCAUCCACAGCUAGAAACCCGCCACCCUGUGUACCGAGGCGUCAGGGAGCGCAAUGGCGGGAAAUGGGUGUGCGAAGUUCGGGAGCCGAACAAGAAGACCAGGAUAUGGCUGUGCACCUAUCCGACCCCCGAGAUGGCCGCCAGAGCCCACGACGUGGCGGCAAUCGCUUUGAGAGGGAAGUCGGCCCCGCUCAACUUCGAAGACUCCGCGUGGAUGCUGCCGCGUGUGGCGUCGAGCAGCGCGGAGGAGAUACGGCGUGUUGCGUCGGAGGCGGCGGAGAGGUUCAGGCCAGUGGUGUCUUCGCCGAGGCAACCGAUGCCUUCUCCGUCGACAUUGUCGUCGCGGCCGCCGCCAGCGGUGUUCGUGGACGAGGAGGCGCUGUUUAAUAUGUCGGGGUUGCUGAAGGAGAUGGCGGAGGGGUUGAUGCUGACGCCGCCGGAGAUGGGGGAGAGAGAGAGGGAGGAGUAGG